CUGGGGUCGGGGUGGGUGUGCGGGCCGGGCGCCCCCCAGCCUCAGACUCCCCGGGCUGCCUGCCCCGGCCGCCCUGGGGGCCUGGCUCGCCCGUGACCUUGGGCAGGGGAGGGCACCUUCCCUGGGCUCGGGUUCCUCUGUGGUGAGGCUGAGGCUGGGGGCUGUGGCCGCGGGCCACACAGCUGGGAGCCCACCCCCUACCCGCCUCUCGCUGGGGUCUCAUUCUGUCCAAACACGUGUGUCGCUGGGGUUGGGGGGGCCCUCGACGCUGCCUGGCCGGCCUCGGGCCUCAGUGUGCCGGCCUGGAGAGUGGGCUGGCGGGGGCGGGGGCGGGGUCUGGGAGUCCCGUGGCCCAGGACAGGGGCUUAGCCGCCUUGGCCUCCCCGGAGGGGCUGUCCCGGGCACGCCCUGACCCACAUUCCGGCGCCCACGCCGCGCGGGGGCUGGGUGAGGGGAGAACCUGUUCCGGGCGAGGUCCUGAGUGGGAGGGGCCGGGGCUCGGGGUCAGUGCAGGCGCUGGCCCUCGGACAAGCCCUGCGCCGGGAGUCCGGCACCCCAGGGGCGCGCCUAGCCAUGUCUGUGUGCGGCCGUGACCUCCGGGGCCUUGGUGUGUGCGUCUGUGGAAUGGGCUCACCUGGCCGCAGCGUUAAUUACAGCCUCCCGGCUCCCUAAACGGGGUCACUGGGCCGGCCGAGCGGGCUUCCUGCCCGGUACUCAGUCGACGCUUAAUAGAUGUCUGCGCAGUGGAGCAGGAACUCCUCCGCGUGACCCCGGAUGCCCCGGGCCGGGACCUCAGCGCCGGCACAGCCCGAGGGUCCUGGGUGGGGAGGAAGACCCCCGGGCCGGGGCAAGGGAGGAGCCGCGUCCGCAGGUCCGGGGCCGACUCGGUUCCUGUCCCCCCCCCUCCAGUCCCCGACCCCCGGCCCUGGCCGCACCUGAGCCCCCGCGCGUGGGCGGAGCAGGUGCAGGGGCCCCGGCUGGCGACCCGGGCAGGUGGGGGCGGGGUCGCGGGCACGGGGGCGUCCCAGGCUCUCCCAGCACCCAAGGCGCUGGCGAAGGUCCCAGCAGCGCCCCGCGGGUGGAAGUCGGGGGCGGAGCGCGGGGUGCCGUGGGCGGGGCGCUGGGCGCCGGGGGCGCGGCGCGGCGGCUUCCUGUGCACCAACGUCCCGCACGACGGAAGCCGGAGGCCUCGCGGGGGCUGCGCACCGACGGCGGGGUCUGGGGGGUCCUGGCUCUGCGUGCCUAAGCCCUGUCCGAUGGGGAAACUGAGGCCAGGAGCUGGACAGUGACAAGGAGGGCGCUGCCCGGUGUGGAGCUGACAGUGCGGGUCUGGCCUCCCCUGGUCCUGGGUGCGAAUCCAGUGCCUUCCUGGCUGUGACCGGCAGGCAGGCUCGGGGCAGGGGGCCACGCGGGGUCUCCGCACAGGCCGUGGCGAUGUCGUACUUCGGCGAGCAUUUUUGGGGCGAGAAGAACCAGGGCUUCGAGGUCCUGUACCAGGGAGUGAAGCAGGGGCCGGCGUCCACCAAGGAGCUGGCCGACUUCAUCCGCGAGAGGGCCACCAUCGAGGAGACCUACUCCAAGGCCAUGGCGAAGCUUUCGAAGCUGGCCAGCAACGGGUCGCCCAUGGGGACCUUCGGGCCGCUCUGGGAGGUGUUCCGCGUGUCCUCCGACAAGCUGGCCCUGUGCCACCUGGAGCUGACGCGCAAGCUGCAGGACCUCACCAAGGACGUGCUGCACUACGGGGAGGAGCAACUGCGCACGCACAAGAAGUGCAAGGAGGAGGCGCUGGGCACCCUGGACGCCGUGCAGGUGCUGGCCGGCGUCAGCCAGCUGCUGCCCAAGGCCCGGGAGAACUACCUGAGCCGCUGCAUGGACCAGGAGCGCUUGCGCAGGGAGAGCGGGGGCCAGAGGGAGGUGGACAAGGCAGAAACGAAAACCAAAAAGGCGGCCGAGGGCCUGCGGCGCUCCGUGGAGAAGUACAACGCGGCGCGGGCCGACUUCGAGCGAAAGAUGGCGGAGUCGGCACUGCGGUUCCAAGCCAUGGAGGAGACGCACCUGCGGCACAUGAAGACACUGCUGGGCUCCUACGCGCACGCGGUGGAGGACACGCAUGUGCAGAUCGGGCAGGUGCACGAGGAGUUCAAGCAGAACGUGGAGAACGUGAGCGUGGAGACGCUGCUGCGCAAGUUCGCCGAGAGCAGGGGCACGGGCCGGGAGCGGCCGGGGGCGCUGGACUUCGAGGCCUACAGCGCGGCUGCCCUGCAGGAAGCAAUGAAGCGCCUGCGCGGAGCCAAGGCCUUCCGCCUUCCGGGACUCAGCCGGCGGGAGCGGGAGCCACGUGCAGCCGUAGACUCCCUGGAGCCAGACUCUGGGACCUGUCCCGAGGUGGACGAAGAGGGUUUCACCGUCCGGCCUGACCUGACCCAGAGCAGCGCGGCCGAGCCGGCCCGCUCCUCGUCCAGCGACUCGGACUUCGACGACGAGGAGCCGCGCAAGUUCUGUGUGCACAUCCGACCCGCCGCGGCCCCUGCGCCCCCCUGCAGCCCUGCGGCCGCCGCGGCGCAGCUCCGGGCCACGGCCGGCGGCCUCAUCCUCCCCCCGGGGCCAGCGGGCACCAUGAGGCGCCCCCCUGCACGCGACGCUGCAAAGCCCCAGAGGCCACGCUCGGCCCCCCGGAGCAGCAGCUGUGCCGAGAAGCCACCCGCCGAUGAGCAGGUGCCCAAGAGCCUGUUCGGGCCGCCGCUUGAGUCGGCGUUUGAUCACGAAGAUUUUACAGGCUCCAGCGGCCUUGGCCUCACGUCCAGCCCCUCCCCCUUCUCCUCUUCGUCCCCGGAGAACGUGGAGGACUCGGGCCUGGACUCCCCGUCCCACGCGGCUACGGGGCCCUCCCCGGAGUCCUGGGUCCCCCGCCCGGGCACCCCGCAGAGCCCGCCCACCUGCAGGGCGCCGCCCCCGGACUCGCCCCAGCACCACGCCCCUUGCCCAGGGCCCUGGGGGCCGGAGCCUGGGUCCGCAGACCCGACGCCCGCACCCGCCGAGGGCACCACGCGGAGGCCCCGCAAGAAGGCGCCCCGCCCCCUCACUCGCAGCAACGGAGACCUGUCUCGCUCCCUGAGCCCCUCCCCACUUGGCCCUGCAGCUGAGCGGCCCAGAGUCUCCCACCCGGGGCACGGCGUCUCCCGCGGCCCGAGCCCCGUGGUCCUGGGCUCCCACGACGCGCUGCCCGUGGCCACGGCGUUCACCGAGUACGUGCACGCCUGCUUCGGCGGCCCCAGCCCCAGCUGCCUGGCGCGAGUGACCGGCGAGCUGACCAUGACCUUCCCCGCGGGCAUCACGCGCGUGUUCAGCGGGACCCCGCCCCCGCCCGUGCUCAGCUUCCGGCUCACGCACGCCGCCCGCAUCGAGCACUUCCAGCCCAACGCGGAGCUGCUGUUCAGCGACCCCUCCCAGAGCGACCCCGAGACCAAAGACUUCUGGCUGAACAUGGCGGCGCUGACCGAGGCCCUGCAGCGCCAGGCGGAGCAGAACCCCGCGGCCUCCUACCACAACCUGGUGCUGCUGCGGUACCAGUUCUCCCGGCCCGGGCCCCAGUGCUCGCCCCUGCACCUCAGCGCCCAGUGGCAGUGCGGGGCGACGCUCACGCAGGUCUCCGUGGAGUACGGCUACCGGCCGGGCGCCACAGCCGUGCCCACGCCGCUCACCAACGUGCAGAUCCUGCUGCCCGUGGCCGAGCCGGUGACCGGCGUCCGCCUGCAGCCGGCCGCCACCUGGAACCUGGACGAGAAGCGGCUCGUGUGGAAGCUUCCAGAUGUGUCCGAGGCGGGGGGCUCGGGCCGCCUGUCCGCCAGCUGGGAGCCGCUGUCGGGGCCCAGCACGCCCAGCCCCGUGGCCGCACAGUUCACCAGCGAGGGGGCCACGCUGUCCGGAGUGGACGUGGAACUGGUGGGCAGCGGCUACCGCAUGUCGCUUGUCAAGAGAAGAUUCGCCACAGGGAUGUACGUGGUCAGCUCCUGAGCCCACGAGACCUCGGCCGCCGCCGCCCCGCACUGCGUCCUGGUGCUCGCCGCCCGCCCCGCCCGCCCCCUGCCCGCAGGACCCGAGCCCAGGGGCCGCCCCCGCCCCCGGCCGCGCCCGCUCUUGCCCACGCCGCACGCGGCCUGGCCUCGUCCUGUUCUUUGAAUAAACACUUUAU